GCCAUCACGAAACGUCUUGCUAAGGCAUCUCAAGUCCCUUCGGUGCCUCUGGACACACUUCGCAUAUCUCUUGUCCCUUUUUACUGCUGUCUUUGCUUCGGCUUCCUAAGUCGUCGCCAUGUCGUCGUCACGGCCCACCAUGCAAGCCACAGCGUACGUUGCAUCGCCAAGGAUGACCCCGCUGUACCGCCAGAUCGACUAUUACGAUGGGAAGGUCCUUCGUAUAUCAGAGUCCCGUCGGCGCUCGCACGUGACAUCCUCGCAGCCACCCCUUCCUGCUGGCCAGAUUUAUUCUCCAGUCUCACAUGGAGACGCAGUACUCUCCAGUCCUAUCUCAACGUCGCCUGGCAUCCGUCACGGUGCAUCAUCGUCUGAGAGGGACCUGGGAUCUCGGCGGCACGUGACAUCAGAGUCCCGAAAGGCCAAAGCUAUCAUCAUUCAAAACCCUAUUCCCCGCAAAGUGGUCGAUGUCGAAGAAAAUCCCAGGUUGCGGACCGAGUCACCAAACAUGCCGACACCGCCUGCGACGCCGAGGAUCGAGCGAUUGCCCACGCCAGACCUUUCCGACUUGGACGAGACUCCGUUUUGCGAUUGCUGCAUCGAAGCCCAUGUUGUCAAGUAUUGUGCGUCGUGUGGGGAGGAACUAUCGCGCCCAAAGCACUGAAGAGGGUUAUUCGCUUUUUUUAUUUCGUUCUGCUGAGUUAAGAAAUGGGACAGGUCAUAUUACGGACCUUCGUUGCGCUGAGGGUAUACAUGUCGAGGUGGAUAUUGAUAACGAUAUAUGAUGAUAUCAAUGGCUUUGAACGCUCAAUUUCCUUGCGGGGUUCGCGGCUGGAAAAUGG